CGGCGCGGCUGCGCGGGGGGCGGCGCGGGGCGGCGAAGCAGGAAGUCGGCGGCGCCCCGACGAGAGCGGAGCCGGGCCCGUAGCGCCGGGCCGCAGCGUCUCCCCCCCUCUCCGCCCUCUCUUCAGCCGGGCAGGAGCCGCCGCGGAGCCGCCAUGUCCAACAUGGAGAAACACCUGUUUAACUUGAAAUUUGCUGCAAAAGAACUUAGCAGAAACUCAAAAAAAUGCGACAAAGAGGAAAAGGCUGAAAAGGCUAAAAUUAAGAAGGCGAUCCAGAAGGGUAAUAUGGAAGUUGCACGAAUACAUGCAGAAAAUGCUAUCCGACAGAAGAAUCAAGCAAUCAAUUUCUUGCGCAUGAGUGCCAGAGUAGAUGCUGUAGCAGCGAGAGUUCAGACUGCAGUCACAAUGGGCAAGGUAACGAAGUCAAUGGCAGGGGUAGUUAAAUCUAUGGAUGCCACACUGAAGAGCAUGAACUUGGAAAAGAUAUCUGCACUAAUGGAUAAAUUUGAGCAUCAGUUUGAAACACUAGAUGUUCAGACACAACAGAUGGAAGACACAAUGAGCAGCACUACUACACUAACAACACCACAAAAUCAAGUGGAUAUGCUUCUACAAGAAAUGGCAGAUGAAGCAGGUCUUGAUCUGAACAUGGAACUACCUCAAGGACAGACAGGUUCUGUUGGUACAAGUGUUGCCUCAGCAGAACAGGAUGAGCUGUCACAGAGAUUGGCCCGCCUACGUGAUCAAGUUUAAGUUAAUCAAAGCUGCAGUUUUUUGUACAUGCUUUCAAAAUACCCUUUAUGUAACUAAUCCUACACUACACUAGAAAGGUGUAUACGGUAUGACUUACGUGUUUAAAUAACUUGUAAUAUAUAAUACUUCACUCCUAGCUUGCUCUUGUUUUCUAAAUACAUCAGGUAGUUCAAAAAUAUCAGCUCUCUAAUAUCUUUUUCUGUACAUUUUGAAGUUGAUAUAUUUUUUUGCAAGCUCUUUUCAUAAAAUCAAGUAGUAAUGUUGGCACAAUCUAGCUGAAAGAAAAGCAGAGUGUCAUUGAUAUAUUUUAAAUUAUGAAGUGAAUUUUUUAAAUUAUGAAGACUGUUUAUGGUUGGAGAACUGAUGUAUUCAGUUCAGAUGAUUGCUAUAGCUGACUUCCUUACAUGGCCAAACUUACUGAACACACAGAGGUGGACAGUGUGGACUUCAUGAAAAUAUGCUUAUUAAAACAAAUAAGUGGACUUCAGUCUGUAGAGUUUUUUUUUUUAAGCAUUUUAAAAUUACAGUAAUUAUGCUGAAGUGAAUGGUUUGGUUACCAAAAGCUGUUUUCGUAUAACUGGGAAGUUGUAUGGUGUCAUCACUUUAGUACAGGAGGAAUAAAAUAUAUUUUUCAAA